AGGGGGGGACUGGCUGGUCAGGAGGAUGGAGGCUUUGGGCUGUGAGUUUGACGAUUCGGUCUUUGAUGCCUUCCGGGAGAGGAAGACAGCGCCGGGGAUAAAGCCGGGAUCCUACAGGGCGAAAGUCUGCGAGGCGGGGUGGUUUUGGGGUGAAAUCUGCACAGUUGACGAUGUGGAGAAGCUGACUGCACUGAAGUUUCGGGGUGAUUUGGCAUUCAAGUGUCAAGAUUAUCAGAAAGCAUUGUGCGAAUAUUCCAGCAGCCUGGACCUCGUUCCAGUGUCAAAUAUAGCUCUCAGAAGAGAUCUACAGGAGGCCCAAGCUCGCUGCCUGUGCUUUCUUGGCAGACCUGAAGAUGCCUUGGAUUUAGCACAAAAGCUGAGAGCUGAGGUAACCAACACCGAUCAUCUCACCGCAGUUCUUAACCUCGAUAUUCUGAUCUAUCGGAACGCCGGAAAUCUGUCCCAUGAGCUCUGCUGUUUACAACAGUUAGUUUCCUUGCACCCUUUCAACCCAUGGUACUGGAGGAAGCUAGCUGAGUCUUACCUAGGUCUAGCUCAAGCCAUAUUAUCUACGACAGUGUCAAUGGUCCCAGUCUACAAGGAUGGGCACUGUCGCGGAAUGUCAGAAAAGACAGCUGUCGAGACAGAAACAUCGAAAACCAAAGCUGACUUUUCAAAGCCUCAAAAAUUGAGCAAAGGUCCUUCUGUGCAAGUGGGUUAUAAAAGACGGACAAUUUCCCCCAGGAAUGCACCCGAGGAAGAGAAUUCUGAUCCAACGCUUACAAGCAACUUAAAGGAACCGUCUGGAACAGGCGAUGUUGCCUCUUUCUGUUCAGCUGUUGACAGAAACAUGGAAAUCGAUUCCAAAAGUGGGCAACAGUUGAGGGAACAGUGGCUGUUUGCAUGUUCCUCCUUUGUAAGAGCAAGACUUUUGUUGCAGAUGGUGAAACCACAGCAAGCCUCCUUUGUCUUGGAGAGGAACCUGACUGUCCAAGAGGAGAUCAGGCAGCAGCUCAGCGAACUGGAGCUGAGAGAAGAGGCACUGAAUGCAAUAAGUAAGACGAUGGGGGAGGACCUGUUGCCAGACAGGUUUAAAAAUGGUGCAGAGACUGAAAGGCCUGUAACUUUCCCCAAUUCUUCCUCACUGACCUGUGUUGCCAUCGAGUCAGGCUUUGACUUUGAGAAGAGGUGGUUUAAGAAGCUCAUACGCGAAUCCUUCCAUGGUCCCACAUCCAAAGUAAAGCAAGGCGGGAAGGAGAAGAUCUUUGGAAAAUCUGAGCCUAGUUUGACCUCUGCCGAGGACUGUGAAAGUGACCCUGUGUUUAUGGCAGACAAUGAAGGAACUCCAGGCCCUAAGAGCAGAGCCUCCUUGGCCAAAGAAAUGAAACACCACGCGGAAAAUGCUGACUUUUGAUGGAAUAGAGCGAACGCCGAUCUUAACAUUUGACAAGCUUGGUGAGGCACCUGACUCCUGCAGACUUCAGAUGUGAGAGUUCUGAAACUUGCUGGCUGCUCUGGAAGAAAAUAAAUGAUUCGUGCUUUACCUCUGUGGAUCUCGUACACUUUACCAAUAUCAUGGACUUUCCACACUGGAAUCCAGUCGGUGAUAUCACUGACCAGUUUCUUCACUGCACCGUCAGACCAUGAUGUGGUUUUUUGUUAGUGUAGAGUCUCUGGUACAAGUUUUGUAGCCAGACCUGUGAAGAACAAUGUUCAUGUAUGUGGUAGCAGCAUUUAUAUUUAAGAUGUUCUGGGAGGUCAUUUUUCUCCCCGCUGUUUUUAUCUUUUUUAAUUUUGGUUUCAUUCAUACUCUUAUUGCAGGGAGGGAUUGAAAAGCAAGUCAAUCCUACUGCUCGUUUCUCUAAAUUAAAGCUGUUUUAUCAGUUUCUAAUA